CAGUUAUCCUGCCAAGUUUCCCUGGCGUUCCACAGCCGGAAAGCCGGGUUCAGCCCAUGGAUUCUUUAUCCGUUGGCCCUGUACAGUAUUCCUCUCUGGAAGCCGACGACUUUGAUGAUGCAUCGGCGGCGGAAGAUGCCGAUGACGACGUUGAUGCUGUCGCCGACAGCCUUGCUGCCAUGGGGCCAGAUGUGGCUGAAGCGCCCUUGAAGGAACGGCUCUGCCAGGGCAGGUUUAAUGCUUGGGUGGCACUGAUGAAGUUGGGGCACAACUCCCUUGUGCACGAGCUCUACAAACGCUUGGAGCUUCAGUCACAUUCAGUAACCCUGUCCUCAGUGCGCAGCGUUUGUGUGCAGUUCUCUAUCGCGGGCAUGCAAGGAGUCUACAAGCAAAGUUCUUGUUUCGAUCCAACGUCCCCAACGUGGCACAUGAACUCUAAGACGCAGUCAAUGGAGCUGAUUCCCAACCUGCUGGUCGAUUGGACCCUGGACGACGAGCUGCUGAUCUCUUCGCGGCACUGGACCGCGGGGGCCGGGCCGGAGGCCAAUGACGUGCAGCUGAAUGAAAGCCGUUUGAGUGAACGCUUUGGCUCUGACACCAUCACAUCCCUGGGAGGUUUGAAUCGUUUGUUGCAGUUCCUGGGGUUAAUUUGCGCUGAUGCUGGUGCACCAGAAGCCUACACCAGACACCUGCCCUUCGGCGGCUUGUCACAUCGUAUCCUGUUGGCUUAGCGUAUCCGGAGGUUUGAAGGGAGCCUUAGGAGGCCGAGGCGGCCGGAAGUUCAACAGAUGUUGAUGAUGUUGAGUCCCG